AUGCUUCUAUCACUCCAGUGCUCUGGUGGCAAGUUUCCUGAAGAGACAUAUUCUCGAGUCCUCAACCUGGGACCCUCAUCUAAGCGUGGGUCUUCUUACCUAAGUGUUUGCGCUAGUCCUGCCAGGGCUCGCGCAUAUGGGCUUCCUGUGUCUCCCUUUUGGUACGGGACGGAGAACAAGAGCAUCACCUUCAUCGCUGUGAUGCAACCCUCUGGGACUUUGCAUCACGAUGAAGUCGCCGAAAAGAUGAUGGACCUUACGAGUGAGUUGUUUUAUCAUGCGUGCUCUCGUAUGGCUGUCAAAACUAACCGAAGAAAAGAGUGGCUUCUCGCCGAGCAGAGGCUUCUGAAGAAAGAGCACAUGAUUGCACAUGUGAUUGCAACGGACGGUGAGAUUGAUUGCGGGGAAACCAUUAUGUUUCUCAUAUCCAUCUUGGAUGAUGCUUUGGUUCCACUGAAUGCCGAUACGCUCCUCCCUUCCUCGAAGGCAGAUGUCACCGACACUGACAAAGAUCGUAAAGAGGCGGAAAGCCGCAGAGAUGAGAGACGUAUGCAGGCAAUGGCUGUGCGAGCAGGAGCGAAUCUGUACAUGAAUGUGCUACAGCAACUGCCGAUCCCGCUCAGCGAGGAAACGGAACGAAGGACUCUCAAGCGAAUCGAGCUGGUGAUGCUCGAAGCGUUGGCGAGCCCAUUCGAGGUGAUGCACGUCCCCAAGAAAGAAAUUCAAAAGGCAAUCCUGCAGGAAGCCAGACCUGUCUUUGAGCAGAUCGUCAAGGAGGAACAGGGAAAGAGGUUGGAGAGGUUUCUCAAGGAUUGA